UGAUAACCUCACUUCUUGAAAGAAAAACUUAUCAGCCCAAUUUAAAUCAAGAAAAACCAAUAAUCAAAAGUGUUAAGGAAGACAAACAAGUUGGCAGCUGAGUUAUACAUUCAGAGAGCUUUAAAGUUCCCGACUUUCAGCGCCAGUGAUUUUGAUCUCAAAAUCCAUAGACCCCCCAAAAUCCCAAUUCCCAAUUUAAUUUCCUUUGUUCCAAAUCAAAUCUCUUGAAUUUUUUUUUCAAUUUUCAAUCAUCAUUCCUCGUCAAAUGUCCUCUUCAAUCUUCAACAACAACAGCAUUUCAAUCUCGGUUUCAGAUGACGAUCCCGAUGAACUGGGUCGAAUGCGGGUUCGGGUCCGACGGAAACGAAAGAAACACGGUGACCAACGUGGCCGGAACGAGUGCACUCAACUACUCAUUCGUUGGUUCGUCAAAUAUUGGAUACUCCUCGUUUUCCUCCCGGCCGCCGCCCUUCUGAUUUUCGAGGCCACCAGGAUCGGUAAAAAGCCCGGUUUGGCUGUCAACUCGGGAGUUAAUGAAGUGAAGAAACCCGGUUCGUUGGGUAACAUAGAACCCAUAAGUAAACUUAAGGAACUAAGCAAUUUGAACCGGUUAGAUCCAACCACUCAUGUUGUCGGUGGUGUUAGAGAACGUUGCUUGAAGCUCCUACCAGCUGAGGAACUUGAGCAUUUGGAGCUUCCUUUGAAUGAAGAAUCAAGUAGUAAUCUUGUUAAGAGAUUAGUGUACAUAUCGGAUCAAGAAACUCCAUACGGUGCUGGGGAGUCUACCGUCUCUUGGCAGCGUAUUAAUGACACGCGAUUUAAUCUAUUCACCGGAAAUCAAACAAUGGAUGAGAGAGAGAAAAGCUUUAAGGUGAAUGAGACUGCGGUUAUACAUUGCGGUUUUUAUAGUGAAAAUGGUGGUUUUAAAAUAUCUGAUGAAGACAAAAUUUAUAUGCAAAGUUGCAAAGUUGCGGUUUCUACUUGUGCGUUUGGUGGCGGAGAUGAUCUUUAUCAACCUAUAGGAAUGUCAGAGGCAUCGCUUAAAAAGGUUUGCUAUGUUGCAUUUUGGGAUGAAAUUACACUUGCGGCACAAGAAUUACAGGGCAAUAAGAUUGGUGACGAUGGAUUUAUAGGGAAAUGGCGUAUCGUGAUUGUGAAAAACCUUCCUUUCGUAGACCAAAGGUUGAAUGGGAAAAUUCCCAAGAUGUUGCCGCAUCGGCUCUUUCCUCAUGCAAAGUAUUCUAUAUGGGUAGACUCAAAAUCCCAAUUCAGGAGGGAUCCUUUAGGUGUGAUAGAAGCACUUCUUUUGCGUACGAAUUCUGUGCUUGCCAUUUCAGAGCAUGGAGCUCGUAGUAGUGUCUAUGAUGAGGCAAAGGCUGUUGUCAGGAAACACAAAGCCACACCAGAAGAAGUUGAGGUGCAAAUUACUCAGUAUCGUAAGGAUGGUCUUCCUGCAGACAAGAGAUUUAAUGGAAAGAAAGCUCUAAAUGAAGCCUCUGUCAUUGUGAGGGAGCAUACAACUCUGACAAAUAUGCUAAUGUGCCUAUGGUUUAACGAGGUUGUUCGUUUCACUUCAAGGGAUCAAUUAAGCUUUCCAUAUGUUCUCUGGCGGCUGAAAGUGGUUAAGAACAUCAAUGCAUUCCCCGUCUGCACACGCAAAGAUCUUGUUAAUAGCAUGGGCCACAUACGCAAAGCUAAGCCUUUGACAAAUUGAUGUUAGCUUUUGCUAUUCUCUUAGCUUUGCUGAUCACUGGUUAGUCAUGGUCACUGCAGUCUGUUGGAACCAUCAAAAAGCAAAAAAAGAGAGAUAAGUUAUGUACUUCGUACAGUAUGAUCAGCAAUUCACUGACAUCUAAUCUGAUUUUUAUGAUUAUUUUUUCCCAUUCUUUUUACUAUUUUGACAUUAAUAUUGUCAUUUUCUUGGGAUCCUUGAGCUCUAUCUGUGCAAAUAUAUAUAUAUAUUAUAUCUUUCGUCA